AUGAGGAUAUCCUCCGCGCCCUCCGUCUCAUGGAGAUGGGUUGUCGCCAUCGGUGCUCUAGCACCAGCAUGGGUUGCUUCGGCUAGCCCGGCUGUUAACGUGGCCCUCCAAGCAUCUUUUGAUGCAUCGCCAUAUCUUGUUGAGCUGCUAGAGUCCGCUGCCGAGGAAAACUCCACUGCCUACUUCCCAUUGCUCGACCGAAUCGCAGACGGUGCCUUUGAAGACGUUGUCACCGAGAAGGAGCUGUACGAUCGCUUCUUGACAGUUGUCCAUGAAGAUGGCCAUUUACGAACCCCCGAGAGUCUCUCUUCGUUCAAAUUGGCGCUCGCAAUUCGAUCAUCAGCACCACGCAUCCAGGCUCAUUACCAAUUCUAUAAUACAUCUGUCCAGCAUUCGUUGAUGGCCGCCCAAGAUGCUGCGUGUCCAGUCUGGGUCCAUUUGGAGGGAAAGCAGUAUUGCUCUUCUGCCAUGGAGCGUGCGCAGCAGGAUGUCGAAGGGGUCCGAGAUCUCAAGGAAUUGCCAUUUGACCGAGUCUAUGGUGACGCCUCUCAACCCCCUGCGAUACUUUACGCAGAUGUUUCCUCACCGAUCUUCAAAGAUUUCCAUGAGAAAUUGAGCAGUUUGGCAAAAGAAGGACAUGUCUCUUACCGUGUGCGCUAUCGCCCUCCGCAGCAUUGGGUAGAGCGUCCUUUAUUUGUUUCUGGGUACGGUGUGGAGCUUGCGUUGAAACGUACCGAUUAUAUCGUGAUAGAUGAUCGGGAUGCUGAGCAGCGACAAGAGAGUGUGACUGAAAGCCAUACAGGCGGGAUCGAAGAUCUCAAAGAAGAUUCUCCCGACGAUCUUCGACCCUUAUCCGCCUCCGAGGUCUCUCGGCUAGGAUGGAAUUCAGCAGCCUACGUCAUGGACAGUGAAGACCCUCUUGACACCCUUGUCAAGCUGUCCGAAAAUUUCCCUAAGUAUUCUGCCAAGGUGGCCGGCCAUGAUGCGUCAGUGGAGCUCCGGAAAGAAGUUCGCGUAAAUCGUGGUCGAAUGAUUCCAUCUGGGCAUAAUUUCAUGUGGAUCAAUGGCGUUCAGAUUGACGAGCGACAGAUUGACGCCUUCUCUCUUCUGGAGCACCUUCGUCGGGAACGGAAGCUGAUUCAAAAGUUCCGGGAUCUCGGUCUCUCCGCCCAGGAUACUGUGAAGCUUCUCUCGCAUCCCUUGCUGGCUGAGUCUCAAGCGAAUGACGAGAAGCAAAGAUACGACUACCGUGAUGAGUUGGAAGGUGGAAAUGUAAUCAUUUGGAUGAAUAGCUUAGAGAAUGACUCACGGUAUGAUGAAUGGCCAAACGACCUUGAAGCGUAUCUCACAAAUCCUUACCCGGGACAAAUGCCCCCAGUGGCUCGUGAUCUACACAAUGUCAUCAUUCCUGUGGACUUAACAAGGGUGGAAGACGUGAUGUUGCUUACUAGACAGAUUCAAACUUUUGUCAACCGAGGAAUCCCUGUGCAGUUUGGCCUAGUACCUGUCACAUCUUCCUCCGAGUCAACAGCUCAGCUUAGAGUUGCUCAUUACUUGCAAGAAACUUUUGGACUUGAUUCUCUUCUCCAAUAUCUGGACGAGUCGGCUGAAAAUAAGAAGACUGGAACGCCAGACAAAACCGCAUUCACCUCAGCCACCAAAGAGAAAACCCCACGGGAUAACCAGGAGGCCCUGUCCUUCGAAGAUGUGCUCAAGAGCGACCGUUACACCGGGAAGGCUUCUUCUACCAGUCAGUACCUGCGUCGUUUGGACCUUACUGGGAAUCAGCCUGCCUUGCUCGUCAAUGGAGUACCUGUACCACGCCAGGGCAAUUGGAUGCAAGCAAUAAGCAUUCAAGUUAGCAGAGAUCUCAAGCUUGCACAACAGUAUAUUGUGGAAGGGCUUUUCAAAGAUGAUGCUUGGCUGCCAGCUUUGUUCCUUUCUUCAGCCUUCGAGAAGCGCAACUCUCUCCUGAUGCCAGAAGACCCGAAGAACGUGAAGAUCGUCGACCUUGCGGGUGUCCUAGAUGCUGGGCUGUUGGAGAGCAUUCCUCGCAUUUCAUCUGACAAAAGCGUCUUGGAAAGCGUUCACAUUAUUGUCGUGGGAGACUUUGAUUCCCCAGAGGGAUCAUCAUUACUGUCAGCUGUUCUCAAUUUCCGAAAAGAGCACGAAGGCGCGGAUAUAAUGUUAUUGCAGAAUGAUGCCUCUUACUCUGAGGGAGCUGGCUCGACGUUAGCGCGAAUCCGCAAUUCGCUUUCCAAAGGCAGUAAAGUUGACGAGGUGCUAGCCGUCGUCGCAUCGCCACAUGAGUCUGAUCCUGACUCGGACUCAAAUGAGCAGAUAAGCUAUGUCCAUCAAGGCCUGGCUGAAACUCUUGGAUUUGAACCCGGUGCAACAGGUCUUAUCAUCAACGGAAGAGCGAUUGGUCCCUUAGGGCAAGACUCCACAUUGAGCGCAGAUGAGAUCAAUCAGGUCGUGUUGUAUGAAUCCCAAAAACGCAUCGAGCCUGUUUUGGCGGCUGCGGAGCAAAUUGGAUUUGGCAAGAAGCUGGCAUCCCCAAUUGAUCUCGCUAAACUCACAUCGCUGGUCUCACUUUCGACGAUGUCCGAAAUUCCAGAGGGCAUUUUCGAGUCGGCCCCUGAUUUCAGACUCGACAUAACUAGUGAUUGGAAGACUGACCAUUCUGUUUUCACGGUGACUACCUCUGAUGACCCUUUGAUCAACAUUGUUGCUGUGCUGGAUCCGGCAUCUGAAGUCUCGCAGACAUGGAUGCCAAUCGUCAAAGUUCUUUCGAAAUUAGCCGGUGUUCAUCUGAAGGUUCUAAUGAACCCUAAGGAAGAACUUAAGGAGCUUCCCGUCAAGCGAUUCUAUCGUUACGUUCUUGAAUCGGAGCCUCUCUUCACCGAGGAAGGAUCUCUCGCCCGGCCCCAGGCCUCUUUCAAGGGAAUUCCAAAGGAAGCUUUGCUUACUAUGGGGAUGGAUGUACCAUCAUCAUGGCUUGUCGCGCCUAAGGACUCUAUUCACGAUUUGGACAAUAUAAAACUUAGCUCACUCAAGUCUGACUCUGAUGUUGAUGCUAUCUACUCCUUGGAGCACAUUCUCAUUGAAGGUCACACUCGUGACCUGACAACCAAGAGUGCUCCCCGAGGUGUUCAGUUGGUUUUGGGCUCCGAGGAGAACCCUCAUUUUGCAGACACCAUCAUCAUGGCCAAUCUUGGCUACUUCCAGUUCAAAGCACAGCCCGGUCUGUGGCAAAUCAGCCUAAAGCCUGGUCGUAGUGAGAAACUUUUCAAAAUUGACAGCGUCGGAAGUACUGGAUACGGCUUACAGGAAAGCGACGGCAACGAAGUCACGUUGCUAUCAUUCAAGGGCCUCACCUUGUUCCCACGCCUCUCUCGCAAACCAGGCUAUGAAAACGAAGAUGUUCUGGAAACCGACUCCCAAACAGGGUCACCGAUGGAUUAUGUUUCUAAGGGCCUCAGCUUUGCCUCCGGUGUUCUCUCCAGUGUGGGUGUUGGUUCCAAGACAGACUCUGAGAAACAUGCCGAUAUCAACAUCUUCUCAGUAGCCAGUGGACAUCUCUACGAACGCAUGCUGAAUAUUAUGAUGGUCUCGGUGAUGAAAAACACAAAGCAUAGCGUCAAGUUCUGGUUCAUUGAACAGUUCCUGUCCCCUUCGUUCCGAGCAUUCCUCCCCCAUCUGGCGAAAGAAUAUGGGUUCUCCUACGAAAUGGUCACAUACAAGUGGCCCCACUGGCUCCGCGGACAGCGUGAAAAGCAGCGCGAAAUCUGGGGCUACAAAAUCCUCUUCUUGGACGUCCUCUUUCCGCUAUCCCUCGACAAGGUAAUCUUCGUGGAUGCAGACCAAAUCGUCCGAACAGACAUGUACGACCUGGUCACCCACGACCUAGAGGGCGCGCCUUACGGCUUCACGCCAAUGGGUGACUCGCGGACAGAAAUGGAAGGCUUCCGCUUCUGGAAGCAGGGCUACUGGGAUAAGUUUCUCCGGGGCAAGCCUUACCACAUUUCUGCAUUGUACGUGGUUGAUUUGAAGCGCUUCCGUGCCCUGGCAACCGGCGACCGCUUGCGUGGCCAGUAUCAGAUGCUCUCAGCAGAUCCGAACUCGCUCAGCAACCUGGACCAGGAUCUGCCUAACCACAUGCAGCACCAUGUCCCUAUUCACAGUUUGCCGCAGGAGUGGCUUUGGUGUGAGACAUGGUGUUCAGAUGAGGAUCUCAAAACGGCGAGGACCAUAGAUCUAUGCAACAACCCACUGACUAAGGAGCCUAAGCUGGCGCGUGCUAAGAGACAGGUUCCUGAGUGGACUGUUUAUGAUGAUGAGAUUGCCAGUCUGGCGAGACGUGUCUCUGCGGAGCAGGUUGGUUUUGUACAGACUGGGGAAGACUCCGCGCCCAAAGAGAGUGGAGAGCCUGUGCCUGAUGAGAUCAAGGAGAAUAAAGACGAGCUAUAG